AUGGGAUUCACAUUUACUCGUUUUCUUUUUGUUUAUUUUUUAGUAGGUGUUAGAAGUGUAUCUGGAUCCAUAAUUUCCCGCAGAGAAGUGCCUACCGUUUCUACUCCACCACCACAGCAAUCAACAUUACUCCCAAACUUUCCAUGGCUCGAGAAUAUUCCAAAAUUCGAGUUUACAACUUCCAAGCCAAAAAAGCCAAACGCAAUCCGAGAGGGGCUCAUUGAGCAAGUGAGAAGCGGGAAGAUACCAAAAGAGCUGGCUCCGUUUGUGAAUUUGACGAAAAUCGAUGAGAUGAAAAAGGAGCAUCAGGAUACGCUGGACUUUAUAAUUCGAGACGAAGACGUGGCAGAUGUACCGGAUGAUGACGUGGAGCAUCGAAAAGUGAAUACAUUAACCCAUGAUGGUAACAAAACAAUUAUCACGAUAUCAGAUGAAGCUCGAGAUGAUUUGUAUAAACAUUGGGUGGACCAAAGUCUAGCCGGACUCAUGGGAGCAGUGGUUACUAAUGUAAUAAACAAGCGAAAAAUGACAAAGUCCGAAAAAAAGGAUCACUACAUUUGCAUAAACGAGUCGAAAAAUGUGACGGCUCAUGCAAAGUGUGUUGUUGUUGUACUUGACCAGAGAAAUAAGAGGAAUGAGAAACUCAAGAUGUACAGUACUCUUGCAACUAAAUUAAACUCUCACCGGAAGCGAACCCGAGCGGAUAAUGAUAUUUACAAGACCAGAUUGGACCAUUAUGACAAAUAUGUAAAGUCUGGAGCGGAGGAGUACAGGGUUAAAAGAGCAGCCGGAUUCUCGAUAUUCGACGAGAUGGAGAAUAAACGACAAGCGGCUAUACGUUCCAAUGUGCAAACCAGGAAAUCGUACACGAUUCGCGAAAACAAGAGCCUAUCCCCAUUAGCCUUAAUCGCGCGGAAGCUGACGGAGUUGGUCAGAGCUGGGAAGAAUAAGCAGGAGCCUCCGAAACGAUGGCAACAAGUGAUCCAGGAGAUUAAGGACGAGAGUUUUCGGAUUAAGGGGAAGAAGAAUAACAAGGAGAGGAUGAAGCGAAAGUUUUCGAAAUUCGUAUCAACUAUGAAGGAGGCAGGGUUGAAUCCAAGAAAGGCAUUGAAUACGAUGGGAAUGGAGGAUUUAUUUGAAGACGAUCCAAUCCUCUCUGAAAAAGAAAUGGAUCUGAAAGAUCGGAAGGAAAUGGAGGAAAGAAUGAGUCCGGACGAUAAAAUAAUGCAUGAACCGAUCAAAUUGAUUAGGGAAGCUAUUAAGAUCGGAAUGGCUAUGGCUGGAAAAAAUGGGUCUGAAAUUGGAGACAAGAAAGUUGCACUGCUAUCACCACAGUUUAUGAGCAUUCUACCGGAUGAAGUGGCGAAUGAUACGGUAUCCCUCUUCUCCCCCUCCAUCCUUUCACUUCACGGAGAAGGUACUGAUUUGGAGCGUUCACUUUCUCUCACCAAGGCCUUGAGGCUGAUGGAAGACACUGGUCAGGAGGAAUGGAUGAACUUUGUAUUAGAAGCUUCCGGUGUAACAGAGACAGUUGAAAAAAUGAGAAUCGCCGAGGAAAAAGAGCAAGACGAGGAGAGACGGAAGGAUUUUGUGGAUAAGGAUGGAAGACCGAUGUACUUCACGAAGGAAAAUGUGACCGAGAUUUACGGAGAGUAUGAGGCAACCAAGAUUGACUUGAUCAACGGAAUUUACAAGACAAUGUCCAAAGAUCAGCUCGACGCAUUAAACUCCACCGGCUACUCCAUCAUGGACGACAAGCAGCUCGAUAUGCUCUACGGGCCAGGAUCACCCUACAAUAAUUCAGAGGCACUGGAUAAGUUCCGCGGGAUUCCGUUAGAAAGUAUGCCAGAUAGGAUCGAGCAAGACAUUAGAUUGUUGGCUAGAGAGGAGAUGAAGUUCGAGUUGUCGAGAAAGAAAGACAUCGUCCUAAACCCCCUGGUCUUGAGUUCAGUAGUCAACGAUCCCGUGACAGCUUCCCAAUCCCUAAUCUUAUCGCCUAUCCUCAUUGUCCCAAUCAUCUUCUCACCGUCAAUCUACGGAAAUGUCAUCCUAUCCCCAUGGAUUUUUGUGCCAGUCCUCGUCAGUCCCCGUAUCCUUGGCGCUGUAAUUCUAUCCCCGGUAAUCAUGUCUCCAGCGAUCCUUACCCCUCUCUGCAUGGUCCCUAUCAUCUUGUCUCCCGGAGUAGGUCUCCCGUUUAUUUUGUCUCCAUUCAUUCUAUCGCCAUUUAUUCUAUCGCCGGUUGUUAUGGCGCCACUGGUACUUUCCCCAUUUGCACUUUCUCCGUUUAUAGGUAUCCCAAAUGCUCUGACUCCACUGAUCCUCUCCCCCUUUGUACUAUCACCGCUGGUUUUGUCCCCUCCAUUUGUGUCAGCUUUUGUGCUGAAUCCUUAUGCCUUGUCCCCUGCUGUUUUAUCAAAUGGUGCAGUUUUCACUGCGGUGCUGUCGCCAAGUUGGUUAAGCACCCUUUAA